GGCACAAGUAGGAAAUGUUCACUUUCAGUUUACCUUGGAUUUACCAUUGGUAACGUGUUUCGUUUAUGUUGUCAUCUUUGGUUAAGAGCGACAGCAAAAACGUGUUCAACCAACUGUAACUCAGAAACCAGUGGUCCGAUAUUGUCCAAAGAUUGUAUGGGAAUGGCCACGUCUCAGCAUGCUCCGGUCUCAAUGCUGGAAAGGUACAAGGCUGCCAUGGUACUUGCAGGCGUUGGGGAUGCUCUUGGGUACAAGAAUGGAGAAUGGGAGUUCUGCAACAGAGGAAAACUCAUUCUAAAAGACCUGAAAAAGAUGGGCGGAUUAGAGAAGAUCAAAGUGAACAAACAUGACUGGAUGGUGAGCGAUGACACAGUCAUGCACCUGGCUACUGGCGAAGCUCUUGUGUCUGAAGCAGGUCGUGUGAACCUGGUGGAGACUUAUCAUGAGAUGGCACACCAGUACAAAGUAUGCAUGAGAGAUAUGGCUGGAAGGGCUCCAGGAGCAACUUGCAUGACAAUGGUGCAUAGUCUGAAACCAAAUUUAGAUGAUGGAUACAAGAUUCCUUUCAAUAGCAGAGGUGGCGAGUGUGGAGCGUCCAUGAGGGCCAUGUGUAUCGGUCUCAGGUACCCCAGACCUGACGACCUGAACGACCUGAUUGCUGUCAGCAUUGAGAGUGGCAGAAUGACACACCAUCAUCCCACAGGCUACCUCGGAGCUCUGGCUUCAGCACUCUUUACAGCUUACAGUAUCCAAGGCAAGCCGCCGGUAGAGUGGGGACAGGGACUACUGGACGUUCUACCUCAAGCCUUGCAGUAUGUCAAGGACAGCAACCACUUCGCGAAUGAGAAUGAAAAGGCCUGGCCAUACUUCAAGGAACGUUGGGAGGAAUAUGUAGAGUCGCGGAAACUAAAGUCUGGCGAACCAGUGUUUCCCAGCAACUAUGAUGAUCCGGAUGAGAGAGACAACUUCUAUAAAAGCAUCAGCUUUGGUGGAUGGGGAGGAGCUAGUGGCCAUGACUCCACAAUCAUUGCCUAUGAUGCCAUCCUUGGCGCCGGUCGAGACUGGAAACAACUGUGCAUGAGGGGCAUGUUCCAUGGCGGGGACAGCGCCAGUACAGGAACUAUAGCGGCAUGCUGCUACGGCGCCAUGUACGGAUUGGAAGGUGUGCCAGAGGGUAACUACAAAAAACUUGAGUACAAGGAUCGUCUGGAGAAACUUGCAGAGAAGUUGUAUGAUCUGGCCCAAACAAAUGAGGUUAGUCAGAACAACCCCGUGGGGAUGGCUGUGACAGAAUCGUCCGAGGUUGAUCCUAAACAGAUCCAGAAAGAUUCAAAGAAUGAAGACAAGGAAGAACCCAUGGAGAUUGAGGGUGAACCCAAUAAUGCGGAGGCAGAAGAGGGGAAAGGUCAUGGUUCCCUGUCUGAGCAGGACAAAACAGAAGCUGGUGAUCACGCUCCGCCAAAACAGGAGAUGACACAUAAGUGUCAAGAUGGUGACAAAGUAAGAAAUAAUGUUCAAGAAAAAGAUGAUGUCACUGAAAAAGAUGAUGUCAUGCAAAAAAAUGAUGUCAUGGAAAAAGAUGAUGUCAUGAAAAAAGAUGAUGACAGAGAAAGAAAUGCUGGCCCCACAAAAGAUGGUGAAUCAGACGUUAAAGCAGGUGAAACUGAUGAUGACAGUAAACCAACAAAUACCGGUGAGGUCAAAGACAAUCUAGAUGGCAGUCUGCCAGGUGAAAAGGCAGAGAUGGACAUGCAAGGUCAGGAUGAGUCGUCUGCCGAGGGAACACCUGGGAAAGGGCCUAGUCGUGUUUCGUUUAUGUUGUCAUCUUUGGUUAAGAGGAAUUUUGCGAUACUUUCAUUUGGAACUAUUUGGGCGACAGCAAAAACGUGUUCAACCAACUGUAACUCAGAAACCAGUGGUCCGAUUUUGUCCAAAGAUUGUAUGGGAAUGGCCGCGACUAAGCAUGCUCCGGUCUCAAUGCUGGAACGGUACAAGGCUGCCAUGGUCCUCGCAGGCGUCGGGGAUGCCCUUGGGUACAAGAAUGGAGAAUGGGAGUUCUGUCACAGUGGAAAACUCAUUCUAAAAGACCUGAAAAAGAUGGGUGGAUUAGAGAAGAUCAAAGUGAACAAACAUGACUGGAUGGUGAGCGAUGACACAGUCAUGCACCUGGCUACUGGCGAAGCUCUUGUGUCUGAAGCGGGUGGUGUAAGCCUGGUGGAGACUUAUCAUGAGAUGGCACAACAGUACAAAGUAUGCAUGAGAGAUAUGUCUGGUAGGGCUCCAGGAGCAACUUGCAUGACAAUGGUGCAUAGUCUGAAACCAAAUUUAGAUGAUGGAUACAAGAUUCCUUUCAAUAGCAGAGGUGGCGGGUGUGGUGCGUCCAUGAGGGCCAUGUGUAUCGGUCUCAGGUACCCCAGAGCUGCCGACCUGAAAGACCUGAUUGCUGUCAGCAUUGAGAGUGGCAGAAUGACACACCAUCAUCCCACAGGCUACCUCGGAGCUCUGGCUUCAGCACUCUUUACAGCUUACAGUAUCCAAGGCAAGCCGCCGGUAGAGUGGGGACAGGGACUACUGGACGUUCUACCUCAAGCCUUGCAGUAUAUCAAGGACAGCAACGACUCCGCAAAUGAGAAUGAAAAGGCCUGGCCAUACUUCAAGGAACAUUGGGAGGAUUAUGUAGAGUCGCGGAAACUAAAGUCUGGCGAACCAGAGUUUCCCAGCAACUAUGAUGAUCCGGAUGAGAGAGACAACUUCUAUAAAAGCAUCAGCUUUGGUGGAUGGGGAGGAGCUAGUGGCCAUGACUCCACAAUCAUUGCCUAUGAUGCCAUCCUUGGCGCCGGUCGAGACUGGAAACAACUGUGCAUGAGGGGCAUGUUCCAUGGCGGGGACAGCGACAGUACAGGAACUAUAGCCGCAUGCUGCUACGGCGCCAUGUACGGAUUGGAAGGUGUGCCAGAGGGUAACUACAAAAAACUUGAGUACAAGGAUCGUCUGGAGAAACUUGCAGAGAAGUUGUAUAAUCUGGCCAAACCAAAUGAGGUUAGUCAGAACAACCCCGUGGCUGUGACAGAAUCGUCCGAGGUUGAUCCUAAACAGAUCCAGAAAGAUUCAAAGAAUGAAGACAAGGAAGAACCCAUGGAGAUUGAGGGUGAACCCAAUAACGCGGAGGAAGAAGAGGAGAAAGGUCAUGGUUCCCUGUCUGAGCAGGGCAAAACAGAAGCUGGUGAUCACGCUCUGCCAAAACAGGAGAUGACACAUAAGUGUCAAGAUGGUGACAAAGUAAGAAAUAAUGUUCCAGAAACGGAUGAUGACAUGGAAAAAGAUGAUGACAGAGAAAGAAAUGCUGGCCCCACAAAAGAUGGUGAAUCAGGCGUAAAAGCAGGUGAAACUGAUGAUGACAGUAAACCAACAAAUACCGAUGAGGUCAAAGACCAUCUAGAUGGCAGUCUGCCAGGUGAACAGGCCGAGAUGGACAUGCAAGGUCAGGAUGCAGAGAAGUUGUAUGAUCUGGCCCAAACAAAUGAGGUUAGUCAGAACAACCCCGUGGGGAUGGCUGUGAGAGAAUUGUCAGAGGUUGAUCCUAAACAGGCAGACAUGGACACGCAAGGUCAGGAUGAGCCGUCUGUCAAGGGAACACCUGUGAAAGAGACUAGUGUUUAAAGAAUGUUGCAGAUCAGAUCAUCAGCCAUUUAUUUCUUACUUAUUUUCAGAAAUAAUGACCUGAAGUCUUUCAGUGUAGAUUAUAAUAUAGUGCUUUAUGUGAUAAUUGAAAGAAUAAUGUGAAAAAUAUUAUUAACUUGUAAACAUGUUAUUAUUGUAAGUGGUAAACAUGUUUUAUGUAAUAAUCCAACAGUGUGCGUUGUUAGACAAAGAAAACAGGGUUGUAGAGAAGUCUCAAAAUUUAAUGUUUAAAAGUUCUGUUAUUUGUAUUUGUCAGUUUGCAUUUUAACAGCCUCCUUAUGUUAUGGUUUCAGUGGCACGAUAGGACAGUCCUGUGUUCUGCCACGCAGUAUCCGAGUUUUGUUCCCUAUAAUCAUGAUAAUACUGUGACCAUGCCACUUGGAAACUGCUUACAUGUGAUACCUCCUGAUCUGUGUGGGAGGCCCCGAUUAACGACUCUUCACAGUCACCCGCUGGGGGGCCCGUUUGACCUCGGAUGGGCCUUUGUCUAGCAUCAACUGGUGAUUAAAUCCAUAUGGUGAACAAUCUAACAGUGUGAAAUGUAAACUGUAAAGAAAACUCGGAUAGUCGUAACAGCUAAGUGUCAGAAGGGUUGAACUUGAAAUGAAUAAUCACCCAAGUACUUAUCACUUCCUGUUCUCGGCACGUUUAUUCCUGCAUAAUUUUAUAUAAACUCAGAUACAUAUGACCGGCCCAGUUAAACAGGACUUUAUUCAUUAUCAGAUUUAUCAGAAACUAUGCUAAAAUCUCACUAUACCUUGAAGUUAUGCCAUUAAAUUCUUGGGAAUGAAAACAAAAUAUGACCGGCAAUCUAAUUUGCAUACAGCAGUAUUAGUCAACCAAUGAGAUUAAUAGACAUCUUGGUCAGAAAUGUCAACAACAACAACGACAACGACAACAUAAGUCGUAGUUAAAAAUGUAAUAGCACUUCCAAAUAUGGUACACAUUUCUUAAAAAUUGAAUGAUGCAAACUUUUCCAGGAAAUUUAUGAAAUGAAGUAGUCAAACUGUUAACAAUCGACCACAGACUGAAAAAAAUAUUUUAAUGAAAUUAGGGGCAAUGAUGUUGCAUCAGAAUAAACACACUUGAUAUUUCUUUGGCAUAGUUUAACCACAGGAUAAACACAGUUGAUAUUUCUUUGGCAUAGUUUAAGCACAGGAUAAACACACUUGAUAUUUCUUUGGCAUAGUUUAACCACAGGAUAAACACGCUUGAUAUUUCUCUGGCAUAGUUUAACCACAGGAUAAACACACUUGAUAUUUCUUUGGCAUAGUUUAACCACAGGAUAAACACGCUUGAUAUUUCUUUGGCAUAGUUUAACCACAGGAUAAACACACUUGAUAUUUCUUUGGCAUAGUUUAACCAGAGGCUAUAUUGGUAUAUGGUCUCUGUUUUAACCAAAAUCAUGCCAAGACUGCGUCAACCCUGAUGAUCAGUUGGAUUGAACACAUUGUCAAAUGGUCAAAUGAUCAAUUGUGAUUUUAAAUCUAAAAACUUAAAUAAUAAAAUCUCAUGCUACAUCUAGACUCCGUAAUUAUUUUGUUCUUUUUAGAAAAAAAAUAAAAAUUAAAUAUUGAGAAAAAUUAAAUGAUUAUUCUCUCAAAUUGUUUGUUCCAUAAAUGAAGCCUCAGAAAGCAUAUUUAUAAAGUAUUGAUAAGGAAAACUUGCCUUUGUGUAUUGAGAUUGUAUGACUGUUUAACAUUUGGAUUUAAUGGUUGCUAUUUUAAAUUUUCCCUGAUAGAUGCAAAUAUCUUCUGAAACUAAAGGCUUAAUGUUCCCGACACCCUCUGACGAUUUAUCACAUGUAUGAAACCGCAAGACUCCACUCUGCAUCUGCGUUCUCAACUCCCUGAGAAGUAUUAAGCCCAAGCUGCUGGUGCGGUGCUAUAACAUAAGACUGUGUAAAUCAGCUGCUAGAGGUUGUCCAAGUGUCUUUGUUUUCGAUGGAUUGUAUCCUGAAAGAUGCAUUGUGUGCAUCAUGAGCACUGCCAAGAGGUUUAUAGGAAUGACAUUCUUAUUUAAACGUAGGUAUUUUUAUCAUUUCAGCAGCAAAUCUAAUAAUAUAGAAUGACAAUAUGAAACAAUUGUGUUGCACUUCUUUAGUUAUUUAUGUAUAAUUUUUUGUAGCAUGUUUAUGAUGACUUUUAUAUGAAAUUAUAUUUGUGCCAUAUAUGUUUAUGGUAUGUAUGAAGACCAUGUAAAGAUUAAGCGACUGUGAGCAUGCAUGAGCUCUGUGUAAUAUGUGUUUCUGACUAAUCAUGAAAUCAUUAAACAGUUUUCAUCUUUA